UGAAAGACUAUACAACUGGGGUGUUCAACCAGAAUGCAGGCAGCGACAAACUGGGCAAAUAUAAAGAAGAAACAAUAAUAAUAAUUGCAUAACCAAUAACUAUCAAUACUGUAAAAUGAAGAGUCCUUGAAAGUGAGUCCAUUGGUUAUGUGAACAUUUCUAUGUUGAGGCAAGUGAAGAUGAGUGAAGGUAUCAUGUAUAAUUCAAGAUCCUGCUGGUUGAGGGGCAGUAACUAUAUUUGAAACUGGUGCUCUUUUACCUUCUUCCAGAUGGUAGUAGCACAAAGACAGCAUACCCUGGGUGGUGGGGUCCCUGAUGAUUUAUGCUGAUUUCCUAUGGUUUAUGUAGAGGGUUUUACACAUGCUGGAUUGGGCAGAUCCACUACCAUUUGUAGGAUUUUUUGUUCAAGGGUAUUGGUGCUCCCAUAACAGCCAGUGAUGCAGCCAGUAAAUACACUCUCCACUACAUAUCUAUAGAAGUUUGUCAAAGUUUUAGAUGUUGUGCCGAAUCUCUGCAAACUCCUAAGGAAGCCAAGGCCCUACCAUGCUAUCUUUGUAAUUGCACUUGUAUGGUGGGCCCAGGACAGAAUAAUGACACCUAGGAAUUUAAAGUUGCUCACCUCCUCCAAUGAAGACUAGCUCACGAAGCUCUAGUUUCCUUCACAGCUACCUGGACUAUACCUCCUCACACCCGGUCAAUUGUAAAAGCGCCAUCCUCUUCUCUCAAUUCCUCCAUCUAUGCUGCAUCUGCUCUCAGGAUGAGGGUUCAUUCCAGAGGGAAGGAGCUGUCCUCCUCCUUCAAAGAAAGGGGCUUCCCUUCCUUCAUCAUCAACGCUGCCCUCAACCUCAUCUCUUCCGUUUCACGCACGUCUACUCUCACUCCAGCUUCCUGUCACCUUACCAGGGAUAGGGUUCCUCUUGUCCCCAUCUACCACCUCACCAGCCUCUGCGUCUAACACAUAAUUCUCUGCAACUUAUGCAAUUUCCAAUGGGAUCCCACCACCAAACACAUCUUUCCCUCCUCCCUCCCCAACAUCCCCACAUUCAACUUCCUGCAGGCAUCGCUCCCUACGUGGCUUCCUUGUCCAUUUGCCCCUCCCCACUGAUUUUCCUCCUGACAUUUACGUGUAGGGGCGAAACCUGCCCCUACACCUCCUCCCUCACUACCAUUCAGAGCUCCAAACAGUCCUCCCAGGUGAGGCGACACUUUAGCUGUUAACCUGUUGGAGUCAUACUGUGUCCGUGCUCCUGGUGUGGCCUCCUGUAUAUCUGGGAUUCGAGCUUGGUUGGUGGUGGGGGGGGGGAGCGGGGAAGGUACAGUGGUGUAGAGAGUUAGUGGUGUCGGGGAGGUGGAAUGUUGGAGUAUUUAGGGACAGUAUGGGAGGAAGAUGUGGGCUCUGAUGACUCAACAGGUGACAGGGGAGCCUGAGAUAUCCAGAAUUGUUGGUGGGGAAUGAGAUAUCGGAGACUCAGCAGCAGAGAGGAAGGUCUCGCCAUUGUAUCACCAGGGUCGUUGAGCUGGAAUCGGCGCCAAUUAUAUCCCAGGUUUUGAGGUGUCCAGGGCUAACGGAAGCGGGGUUUGUGUUGCUGGAAUCCAUAGUCUGGGGCGUCUGAUCGAAUCUAGAUUAGAGUGGGAAGCGGCAGGGACCGCAGUCUUGCAGCGUCCGGGGCUAUUGGAACUGGAGUUGGAUCCGGCGAGUUCCACUGUCUGGAGACAAUAAAUAUUCUGAUCCUUCCUGGAGGCGAGGAAGGUAAAGAGCUGGCAGUUCAAGGUGUGGAUCCGGCAGAGGAUGAAGUGCAUGACGGUUGGAGCUGUGGUAGACACUGAAACAGGGCCUCCCAGUAUCUCCUUUUAGAGCAGGGGUGGCCAGCCUUUUACAUUCCAUGCGUCAAUUGUUUUCACUCACGAGUUGAAAUGCGCCAUACAACUCUUGUACCCCCAUUCAAUUCUUGUAAAAAUGUGUUAAUAUGUAACUCGUGCGUGAAAAAAAUUUAUUCAUGGAAUGUAUAAGGUUGGCCACCCCUGUCUAGAGGCCUCGGUGCAGAAUUUGGAGAGAGAAGCGGCGGUAGAUAACAAUGAAAUUACGAAGAAAGAAACAGAAAGUUUGGAAGAAGGAUGAAUGAUGGAAAAUAUGAAGGAAGACAAAGGAAAAGGGGAUGGAUGGAAAGAGGGGAAAUGAAGGAAGACAAUGAAAGGUAAAAAGAAAAAUUAAAAUAAAGGAAAGGUAGAAAUGAUGAAUAGAUGGACAGACAAAGAGACAGAUAGACAGAUACAUAGAUAGAUGGAUAUGCUCUUGGAGUAUUUGAUUUGUGCCACUAUCAGUGCAGGAAACAUUCUAAGUCAUGUGGCACAAGAGGUACUGCAGACGCUGGAGGAGCUCAGCAGGCUAGGCAGCUUCUAUGGAUGUGAAUAUACAGUCGACGUUUCAGGCUGAGACCUUUUACCAGGAUCGGAUAGAAUGGGGGAAAAUGUCAGAGUAAGAAGAUCGGGAGGGGAAGAAGAAGUACAAGGUAGCAGGUGACAGUAGAAAAUGGGAGGAAGGAGAGGUUGAAGUAAAGAGCUGGAAAGCUGUUUGGUGGGAGACAAAGGGCCGGAGAAAGGGGAAUCUGAUAGAAGAGGACAGAAGACCAUGGAAGAAAGGAAAGGUGGUGCAGAACCAGAGGGAGGCGAUACGCAGGUAAGAAAAGAAUGCGUGAGAGAGAAACGAGAUGGGGAAUGGCAUAGGAGAAGGGGGUGGGGUAAUAACCAGAAGUUUGAAAAAUCCUUGUUCAUGUCAUCAGGUUGGAGUAUAUCCAAAGGGAAUAUAAGGUGUUGCUUCUCCAUCCUGAGUAUGGCCUCGUCAUGGCAGUAGAGGAACUAUGGACUGCAAUGUUGGAAUGUGAAUAGGAAAUAGAAUUAAAAUGAGUAGCCACCGAGAGAUUCCACUUUUUGUGUCAGGCGGAGGAAAUGUGCUUUGAUGACGCGGUCUCCCAAUGGGUCUAGCUAGCCGAUAUACAGAAAGCUACAUCAGGAGCAUGGGAUAUAGUGGAUGAACUGAAUAGAUUCUCGGUCGAACUGUCACCUCAUCUGGAAGGACUGUUUGGGGCCCUGAAUGGUGGUGAGGGAGCUGCUACAGGGGAAUAUGUGGCACUUGUUUCGCUUUUAAUAUGCGCCUGGACGGAGAUCGAUGGGGAGGGAUGUACGGAGCGAUCCCUGUGGGAAGUGGCGGUGUGAGAGAUGUGCUUGUUGGUGAGAUUCUGUUGUCCAAGGAGGUUACGGAGAAGUAUAUGCUGAAUGCGGAGACUUGUGGGGUGGUAGGUGAGCACGAGGAGCCCUAACCCUGGUCUGGCAGCGGGAUGAUGACGUGAAGGCAGGUUUGUACAAAAUAGAAGAGAUGCAGGUGACGGCACUCUUGAUAGCUGAACAGUUGUUAUCACUGUUGAUAGCUGAAUAGUUAUUAUGGGCUGAACGUUGGCAGAUGGAGUUUAAUGCUGAGAAGUGUGAGGUUCUACAUUUUGGCAGGAAUAAUCCAAAUAGAACAUACAGGGUAAAUGGUAGGGCAUUGAGGAAUGCAGUGGAACAGAGAGAUCUAGGAAUAACAGUGCAUAGUUCCCUGAAGGUGGAGUCUCAUGUAGAUAGGGUGGUGAAGAAGGCUUUUGGAACGCUGGCCUUUAUAAAUCAGAGCAUUGAGUACAGAAGUUGGGAUGUAAUGUUAAAAUUGUACAAGGCAAUGGUAAGGCCAAAUUUGGAAUAUUGUGUACAGUUCUGGUCACCGAAUUAUAGGAAAGAUGUCAAUAAAUUAGAGAGAGUGCAGAGACGAUUUACUAGGAUGUUACCUGGGUUUCAGCACUUAAGUUACAGAGCAAGGUUGAACAAGUUAGGUCUCUAUUCAUUGGAGCGUAGAAGGUUGAGGGGGGAUUUGAUCGAGGUAUUUAAAAUUUUGAGAGGGAUAGAUAGAGUUGACGUGAAUAGGCUGUUUCCAUUGAGAAACAACGGGGAGAUUCAAACGAGAGGACAUGAUUUGAGAGUUGGGGGCAAAAGUUUAAGGGAAACACGAGGGGGUAUUUCUUUACUCAGAGAGUGUUAGCUGUGUGGAAUGAGCUUCCUGUAGAAGUAGUAGAGGCCAGUUCAGUUGUGUCAUUUAAGGUAAAAUUGGAUAGGUAUAUGGACAGGAAAGGAGUGGAGGGUUAUGGGCUGCGUGCGGGUAGGUGGGACUAGGUGAGAUUAAGAGUUUGGCACGGACUAGGAGGGCCGAGGUGGCCUGUUUCCAUGCUGUGAUAGUUAUAUGGUUAAGAGAAGCCCCUUUCUUUGUAGGAGGAGCACAUAUCAGUUGCUCUGGAAUAAAAAGUCUCACCCUGAGGGAAGAUGCGCAGAGACAGAAGUUUCUUUUUACAAGUGACAGGAUAGGAAGAGGAAUAGUCAAGAUCAUUGUGAGUCAGUGAUUUUAUAUGAUAUCAGUAAAUGGAGAAGAGGCACGAGUCUGCAGUAUUGUGAAAUCUGAUUAGCUUUACAUUGAAUAGAUUCCGCAAAUAUGGCUCCUGUGGUCAUUACCGUCUGACUGACUGGACCUUUUGACUUUGUGAUGCUGUUUGAUGGAAAGCUGUGGUUGCCAUUGCCAUGUUUCCAUCCGUAGUUGCAAAAAGCAAACAACACAUCCUUCCUUUGGAAUUUUGCUGGGAUAACGAAGUCGUUCUGUGAAGGGGCGUGUAUCUUGCCGUUGUGUUCUUACAAAACAUAUUUCCUGCGGCAACUGCGACUCAGCACAUAUAAAUAAGCAAAUUAAUUCAGAUAGUAAUGGACGGCAUUGUUUGAUGGAAUUAAGUGAGUUGCUGAUCAGUGCAUUGCUAUUGCGAGUGUUCGUGAAACACAUUCCACUGAAAAGGAGUUUUGCAUUUGAAUUAGCUAUCACACAAAUAAUCACCCACAAGGUAUUCAUAUCGGCCGUGUGGGGCUGUGGCUUAUUUGCCGAUCGAAAGUCGCUUCCGCCAUUUCGGCUGUUGUUUGGUGCGUUUGAGAUCUGUAGUGACUCUUUCUCAUUGGUUGCCGCAUGUGCCACGGCUUUGAUGUACAGUUACAAACUCUAGAGCGGGGGUCGGCAACCUGCGGCUCCCGAGCCAUUUGUGGCUCUUUCACCUCUGUGCUGCGGCUCCCUGUAGCUUUGGGAAAUAAUUGGUCAGUAUUUAAUUAAAAUGUAUUUUAUGUUAGUUUGUUAGCUUUUGAAAUGUAAUUCUAAAUUUGAAGAUUAUGGUGAUCUUGUACAAUCUAAGUGUGGCGACACAUUUCCUGGCACAUCCGAAACGGCUCACAACUAGCCAGCAUUCCGGCUAAGGGAGAUAGCCUACGGGGGUUUGUGAGUACGCGUCUUUUGCAGCAUCUGCGUCCAUGGGGGCUGGGUUGAGGGAGGCUUAAAAGCAAGGCUGUUUAGUUCGAAUAAAGUUAUUCGACUGCAGUUUACUGACUGCGUGAGCACACCGCUACAACGUGUUUUUAUCGCUAUUAAUAUACGUCACCACUGCCAAUACCUGACACCCGCCAGUGCGCGAUUUCUUUAAUUUUUCGAUCCAAGGUAAGCCAACUAUGGAGAAUUCUAAAAAAAGAAAAGUGACUGAAGAAAACAGAACGUUUAAUGAUACGUGGACAGAUUCAUUUGCUUUCACUGUUGACGAGACUGGUUUACCAGUAUGCUUAAUAUGCAAUGAGAAACUAGCAAACAACAAAAAGUCAAAUGUCGCAAAGCAUUUCCAGAAUAAACACGCAGCCUUUGCUCAAAAAUAUCCGGAUGGAGAUGAGAGAAAAAAAGCCGUUUCGGAACUGAUGCGGAAGGUUGAUCUGAGCAAAAAUCAUUUCCAGAAAUGGAUGAAGUCUGGAAAAUCAACGACAUACGCCAGUUAUAUUGCCGCUCAGGAAAUAGUCAGGCACGGGAAGCAGUUUACAGAUGGUGAAUAUAUAAAAGAAUCUUUCAUUAAGAUUUCAGAACAUCUAUUCACGGACUUUAAAAACAAGAGUGAAAUUGUGCAGAAAAUCAGGGAUAUGCCCCUCUCUGCAAAGACUGUCAAAGACAGAACCAUAAAAAUGGCAGAAGACAUCACAAGACAGCAAAUUAAAGACAUCAAUUCAGCUGUGGCCUACUCGAUUGCCUGUGACGAGUCUAAAGACAAAGGUGAUAUUGAACAAAUAGCGUUGUUCUGCCGGUAUGUAAACUCUGCCGGGCCACAGGAAGAACUGAUUGAGUUGAUACCUCUAAAAGACCAAACACGGGGGGAGGACAUCUGUGAGGCUGUCUUGAAUUGUUUAAGAGCCAAAGGAAUAAAGACCACCCAUCUGGUGUCAGUAGCUACUGAUGGGGCACCGAAUAUGAUGGGAACGCACAAGGGAUUUGUGGCUUUACUGCAGAAGUCGCUGGACAGAAAGCUGCUGACUUUUCACUGCAUCUUGCACCAAGAGGCACUGUGCGCUCAAACAUUUCCUCCGGAAUGCACAGAAGUAAUGGAUGUUGUCAUUCAGAUUGUCAAUAAAAUAAUGGCAAAAAGUUUAAAUCACCGUCAAUUCCGUUUGUUACUGGACGAGCUGGAAAGCGCAUAUUCUGAUCUCCUGCUGCACAAUAAAGUCCGGUGGCUGUCCAAAGGGGAGGUGCUGAAACGCUUUGUCGCGUGUCUGGAAGAAGUGAAAACUUUCCUGGGCAGCAAAGGGCUCACCUUUCCUGAGCUGGAACAGCCAGAGUGGCUGGAAAAGCUACACUUCAUGGUAGACAUGACAGCGCACCUGAACACGCUGAACACAGCUCUUCAGGGGAAAGGACGCACAGCCCUGCACAUGUUGGAGGAUGUCUUGGCAUUCGAGCGCAAGUUGACAGUGCUUGCCAGAGAUUUACAGAAAGGCACUUUGUCUCACUUACCCAAUUUGAGAGAGUUCAAACAAGGUCACGACAUGAUAAUUUCGGAGUAUUUACAUUCUGCAAUCAUCGCAAUGCAAACAUCGUUUGGGAAACGCUUCUGUGAGUUCAGAGAGGAAAAAAAACACAUUAUCCUUCCCGGUCACUCCCUUAAGCAUCGAUCCUUCCCUACUGAAUACGACUGCAUUGGCAGGUGUGAGUCAACCUGAUCUUGAGAUGGAACUGGCCGACAUAGCCGACAAAGACAUAUGGGUGUCCAAGUUUAGACGCUUGACAGCAGACCUUGAAGAUGUUGCCCGUCAGAAGGCCGUUCUUGCUCAGAAUCACAAAUGGAGUGAUAUUGAAAACCUUCCAAAACCGGACAAACUUGUGUUCGAAACAUGGAAUGCUAUGCCCGACAUUUAUGUAAACAUGAAAAAGUAUGCGCUUGGAGUCCUGUCGAUCUUUGGAUCCACAUAUGUAUGUGAGCAGGUGUUCUCCAACAUGAACUUUAUUAAAAACAAACAUCGCGCAUGCCUCACAGAUGACAGCUUGCGAUCCUGUGUAAAGAUGAAGGUGACGUCAUACAGCCCUGAUGUGCAGACGCUGUGCGCUGAGGUCCAGGAGCAGAAAUCCCAUUAACCAAGCUGACAGCUGGCUGAUGUUAUUUUUGGUUUGCUGCUGGCGGAAAAUUUAAGUUCGGCGUUUUUCAUAAAUACAAGAAGGACUCAAAUAGACAUUGAGUAUUUUACUUAAAAGUAACUUUCAACCCAACGUCUUUUUUUCGGAGUUCAAAAUGUUUUUGUUGCAUGCAGAAAUGUAAUUUCGUUUUCUCUGCAGGAGUUCAUCAAUUUCAUAAAUGCAACACAUUAUAGUUUGUUUAUACAUAGCAUAAAGGCAAAAAAAACGUUGUAUGCAGUGUUAUUUCAUUUUAAAUGUCAAACGGGUUUUGCGGCUCCCAGUGUUUUCUUUUCUGUGGGAAACAGGUCCAAGUGGCUCUUUCAGUGGUAAAGGUUGCUGACCCCUGCUCUAGAGUAUAAGAUUAGACCGUGCAGGCAGCUUUCUUUUUCACCUUUGUCCCCAGAGCACACCUCACAGAACCAUUGGGAAGGUUUACUCCGCGCGCACUUUUAGCUUGAAUUUCUGUUCGUUGAACAUUUAAUUUUGCAAUUUGUGUAACUUGGUGAACUUAAGAGUUUGUUCAAAUCUUUUCCUGUUUGUAAAUAAACUAUUAAUAUGCUUAUUCGUAGUCAAUGUUUACUGCCUCACUCACCAAACCCAUAAACACGCUUCUGUGAUACAAUAUCUGAGACCAGAUUUGCUGGAGAAUGGAAGAAAAGCAAGAGUCGGAGGCCACGGUUUGAUGAUGCUAAGGGUCCGUUAGAUUAGUGCGGUUACCAUCUGGAAAUAGCAGCGGUGUGGCGACCCACUUUCUACGCAGGCGAACUGGCUCACAAAAUGGCGCGGCGUCGACAGAGAGGCCGGCCCCAAAAUGGUGCCGGGUCUUCUGCACCAGUAGAAGAGGCUUUUGUAAUGCACCUCUGGCGUCAUUUCCGCCCGGAGGGGGCGGGAACAGAACUGCGUAAAAGCCAGUGCAGCGAAGUUCGAAUAAACUAGUCUGGAGUGCAACUCAGGGAAUGCGUGUCGUUAUUUCUAGCUCUGUGUGUAGCACAUCGCUACAGCGGUAGAUAUGUUAUCGUUGUCGAAAAUUGUAAGCGUCCUUUAAUGUCCAAGUUCAGUCACCCAAAAAGAGCUAUUUUUCAGCACAUAACCAACCCGGUGUUAUUCCUGCAAAUUUACCGUGGGCUGUGCGUAGUCGUGUCGGGACGUAUGCAUUCACCUCAUUACGAUAGGGCGAGCCCGACUGCAGGAGGGAUGUGGAUAUGAAAGGGAGAGUAUUGAGGAGUUGCCUGGAUUGGAGGGCAUUACUUAGGUUGAGUGAACUUGGCCUUUUCUCGUAGGGGCGACGGAGGUUGAGAGAUGACCUGAUAGAGAUGUAUAAGAUGAUUAGAGGCAGUGAUCGUGUGGAUAGCCAGAGGCUUUUUCCCAGGGCUGAAAUGGCGAACACGAGGGGACAUAGUUUUAAGGUGCUUGGAAGUA